UUCAUAAAUAUCACAUUCAAUUUAGAUAGUACCUGUUAGGUAUAGUUUAAACGUUCUGAAUACUGAAACAUGAAUUCUGAACUCAGUGAAGUAGAAUUGCAAAAACUCUACUCAUGGAUCGACGUGAUUCCAUUGAGUAGAAAGAAAAAGUCUGUUGCAAGAGAUUUUAGUGAUGGAAUAUUGGUUGCUGAAGUUGUAAGGCAUUUUAUUCCACGGCUUGUUGAAAUGCAUAAUUACACCAGUGCUAAUUCUACAAAUCAAAAACUCAACAACUGGCAAACACUGAAUAGAAAAGUUUUGUCGAAAUUGAACUUCACUAUACCCGCAUCAGUAAUGCAAGAGAUAUCUGAAUGUAAACCACGAGUGAUGGAAGUGUUCUUGUUUGGUUUAUGGCAGAAAAUUGAAGAAUACAUCAUCAAGACAGGAAGCAAGAUAGGAGGUUAUCAAGAAAGACCAUAUUAUAAUGCAAGAUCGAGUGGGCCAGAUGUUGAUAGCAGGACUGGAGAAAGCAUGGUCAGUCGACCGAGACGGGACUCGGUUCCUGAGUAUAUAGUUAAGAAUCCAGUCCCUUUGAGCCAGCUGAACCUUGAUAUGCUUGAUACUGAGACAAGGUUGAUACUAGAAGAAAAGGAACAAGCACUUUUAGCAUCUAUGGAAACUGUUCAGAUUCUCCAGGUAAAGAUCAGUCGUCUUGAGCAUCUCCUUCGCCUAAAAGAUCUUAGAAUACAGGAUUUACAAGAGAGGCAAAGCAGAUUUGAUUCAGCUACCCAUUAAUAUCAUUUGACUGUUCCUAUUUCUAUUGUCUUCAAUUUUUAAUUUCAUAUCUUUCUAUUUUAUCUGAUGAUGGAGGUGAUCGCAUUAUUAGAGCAAACUUUCCUCUUUUUAUAAUUGUAAUCAUUUCUUCAGCUUUUCAGUUGCAACUGUUUUGAUAUAGAGCAGUAGUUCUCAAACUUUUUAAGCUGUGCCCCCUUUUUAGAAUUUGUCAAGUCUCGCACCCUAUCUCCAAAAUGCCUAGCUAACAAUAAUCUACAAAUAACAGAUAGUAAAGCGAAAGUAUGUUUAUUCAAAAACGCGUUGAAAACACAUGGAUGGAACUCAAAUUAUGAAAUGAAUGAAAAGUUUAAAAAACAAAUGAGGCGGGCAAGAUCAAAUCUAACAAAUAAUUUUAUUUUGAAUUAGCUCCAUGCUCCUUCAAAAAAUUGUCCACGCCCCAUCGUUUGAGAACCACUGAUAUAGAGUGUUAAUGGAACUUCAAAGUGAUGAUAUAAAUUAAAAAUGUGAAUAAAAACAGAAAAUUUUAGUGUUUAUUGAAAAAAAUAAUUGGUUUUCCUUGGUGCCAAUCUCCCGUAGGAUUUGUGGAUGUUUGGGUUGAAAAUACUCUUUAUACGAUUGAUCUCUACAUCAUUCUCCAAAAAAUACUUGCUGUUUUAAUAGGAGUCUGUAUAUGCAGUAAUUUGGAAAGAAAGGUUAUAUUGAUAAAAUUUCAUUACUGUGCACAUUAGUACCUUGGAAUCAUCUUUUUUAUUUAAAAACAUGUCUUUUGUGAACAUACUUUCUGUAAGUAUAGCCUGGUGUUUUAAUAUUUUGUCUUUGAGACUCAGAUUGUAUUGUGUACGCUUAAUCUUUUUAUAAAAAUUGUAAUUUUGAAAGUGAAGAUGACAUGAUUUUUCAUAUUCUAUGGUGUUUGUACAUUUUAAAUAUCGAGCACAUAUCAGCUAACAAAAUUAAGUGUAAACGACACAGUCCAAGUUAAUGGAAGCUGUGGAUUUAAGAGAAUGCUUCUGGAAAAAUUGUUCCGUAGUAUGGUAAAUUUGGAAUUAUCUGUAUGAUUUAUUUAUUAUGGUUAUCUCAUGAUAUCAUACUCAUUUUCUAAAUGGAUAUUUAUAUAUAACCAAGUAUUUUGUUGUUAUUAACUUCUUUACCUCGACUGUAAGAAGCAUUCAAUAUUUUUGAUAGUUGGAAUUUUUUACACUUGUUUGCCAACUAAUCCUUCACUAAUAUGUAUAUUGUUCCUCCAUAAGUAAGCCCAAGUAUUUUUGUAAAAACUUUGUGGCUUUCUUCCUAUUCGUGUUUGAUGAUACAGCUAUCGAGUUAAUCAGUUUUUGUUUCGAAUAUCAAUUUUUUAUUACCAUGACAUUACUCCUUUUGUAGAAAUUCUAUAUUUGUUACAAAAUUGUUAAUAUAUGGUAAGAUUGUAUCCUGUUUUUUUUUCUAUCGAUUACACUGUUUAUAUUUGUACUUUCUUAUAUGGGGUACGUUAUUCGUAGGGUGCACUUCUCUAUUUUGAUGUAAAAUACAGGUGAAUUUGUGUUGAA